GCAGAAGAAAAGCGUAUGUGACGAUUUUCUUUCGGAGUUUCUUUUCCUUGAUGUAUUUGAGGUUGUGAUCGUUAGUGGGCCACGUGUAGUAUAUAUUUGGAAUAAAACUGCCGUUUAAGGGAAACGUACUUAAAUUAUAAGAACUGAGCAUUCGACAAAAAUGGUGAAGCUUGCUAAGGCUGCUAAAAAGGGUAAAACAGACCAGCCUCCUCCAAAAGAUGACAGUAGUGAUGAGGAAAGCAGUAGUGAAGAGGAUGCGAGCAGUGAUGAGCAGGAAAGCCCUCCGAAGAAGGCAAAGAAAGAGAGGGGUGUCUCCAAGAAGAAUGCAACUCCAGCUAAGGGAGCUAAAAAUAAGAAGAAAUUGACGACUGAAGAGGAUGAGGAGGAAGAUGAAGAUUCUGAUUCUCGGGAAGAAAUGCCUACAAAGAAGAAAAUGUUAAAAGCAAAACAGGAAUCUGAAGAAGAUGAAGAGGAAAUGCACCCCACUCCCAAGAAGAAAAAGACAUCACUAAAGUCAAAAGAUUCUGAGCAGUGUUUUGAGGAAGAACAAUUGCGUAAAAAGAAAAAAGCCUUUGCAAAAGCAAAACCAGAAGUGGAGGAGGAGGAGGAGGAGGAAGACGAGCCACAUACUCGCAAAAAAAAGAAAAAGGCUGCCAAAGUAAAAGAAUCUGAUGGGCAAGGUGAAGAGGAAGUGCUUUCUUCUAAGAAGAAGAAAAAGAAAGCAAAGCUAGAGGCUCUUGCAAAGAAAAAGGCUCAACAGGAUUCUGAUGAAGAUGAGUCUGAGGAAGAAGCCAUGGAUACAACUCCACCAGUAAAGAAAGGGAAACCAGCUAAGGAAGAAGAGUCUUCUGAAGAAUCUUCAUCCUCUGAAGAGGAGGAAAGCGAACAGGAGAUCACAAAGGAGAAGCUGGGAAAGAGGAAAAAAGGAAUGCCAGAGAAGAAACCACCAGCAAAGAAACAAAAAUUUGGGAAGGAUGGUUUUUCUCUGUAUGUUGGGAAUCUGAAGCACACAGAAGAUCAGGAUGAACUUGUUGAAGCACUCACACAGUUUUUCUCCACAUAUGGCCUCAAUGUUACAGAUGUGAGAAUUGCAACAACAAAAAGAUUUGGCUAUGUUGAUUUUGCGUCUGAAGAAGAGCUUGAGAAGGCCUUGGAGCUGACAGGAAAAGAGCUACUGGGCAAAGAGGUUAAAUUGGACAAAGCUCUCAGCAAAGAGGCCACUGUUGAGAAUAGGAAAGAGAGGGAUGCAAGAACAAUUUUUAUCAAAAACCUUCCUUUCAGUGUGGUGGAUGAGGACCUACAAGCAGUGUUUGAAGAUGCAGUAGAAGUAAGAAUUCCCUUAAAUAGGGAAGGAGCAAGUAGAGGUUUAGUCAGUGCAACGAAGACGUUGUUUGUUAAAGGUCUUCAUCCCAAAACGACAGAGACGACUUUAAGAGAUUCCUUUGAAAAUGCUGUAUGUGCUAGAGUGGCUACAGACAGAGAUUCUGGAGCAAAACUGAGCUGUGUAAAUUAUGUCUUAACAUCUGAAGAUUUGGAACAAGACAUUGGGAAAAUAAGAGCAGUAGUAGAGUUGUAG